CGGCCUCGCUCCGCCUUUCCCACCUUCAUCGCCUCAUCCUCCUCCAUCGCUAGCCCACUAUGGCGACGCCAUCCUGCGCCUCGCUGCGGCAGCCCAUCCUCGCCAUCCUGCGCGCCUCCGACCUUAGCUCCAUCUCCGCCAAGAAGGUGCGCACCGAGCUGGCCGCGCAGGCGCACCUCACGCGCCUCGGCCUCGACGUCAGCAACAAGGCGCACAAGGCGGCCAUCGACGAGGAGAUCCGCGCCAGCUUCGCACAGCUCGACGCCGAGAACGUCGCGCGUGGUGCCGCGCCCAUCGCGCCUGCCGCUCCGCCGCCGGCUGCGGCUGCACCGCCGCGGCCGCCGGGCAUCGCACUGCCGGGCAACGGCGUGCGAGGCAUUGCGCUCCCCGGCGCCGGCGUGCGCGGCGACUCGAGCGCGCCGCCGCCGGACAACAAGGAUGCAGAGAUGGCAAAGGCGCUGCAGGCGCAGUUCAAUGCAGAUGCAGCGGCCGGGCCGUCCACCCGAGGCGCAGCCAACGGCUCCAAGAAGCGCAAGAAGACGGCGAGCACGAGCAAGAAGGACGACAUCAUCUCCUCCGAUGAGGAGGUGGGAGGCACGCCGUCGGGAUCGAGGAAGAAAAAGGCCGCGAGCAGCAAGAAGAAGAAGACGACGAACGGCGAGGAGAAGCCGAAGAAUCCGAACAAUCCCUUCAACCGGCCCGUGCUGCUCAGUUCAGCCAUGGCGGAGAUCUGUGGAGGCGAUCAGAUGCCGCGCUACGAGAUCACGAAGCAGCUGUGGAAGUACAUCAAGGACCGCAAGCUGCAGAACCCGAACAACGGGCGAGAGAUCAUCUGCGACGAACGAUUGACAGCGCUGUUCGGCAAGAGCAAAGUCGACUCAUUCGGCAUGGCAAAGCUCGUGAGCCAGCACGUCAGAAAGCCGGAUGAAGCGUGAACGCGCGAUCGCAAAUCUCUGCCGGCCCCGCUCUCCGCAUCUGCACAUUCUCGUCACCGCCCGCUCUGCUACUUCAUUCUUCAUCCUUUCAUGCCCUCAAGCUUUGCUCUGCCCAGCUCUCUUCGUCCCGCCCUGCUUCCGCCUGCUCAGGCAUCGGUCAUCCACGCCCUUCUCUGCCAUGCACCUCAUCCUCUCUUCUUCGCUCUACUAGCUCCCCGGGCCGAGUCUUCAUCUGUCACGUAAUGCCUCUCUCUGUCCAUCUCCCUUCGAAUCAAGCUCCGCUCGAAAUCACAAGCUGCUCAGGC